GGACCAUGCUAAUGAGGACGCCCCGCGGCGCGGGCCGGACGCCUAAGGCAACAGGCUGCAGCGGGCCUGACGGGCUGGCUGAGGAGAUGGCCGGAGCGCUGGCUGGGCUCGCGGGGGGCUUCCCUGGGCCGCGUGCGGAGCCGGCGCCGGACUCAGACUCGGACACUGACUCGGAGGGGCCGGGCCCCCGGCGCGGGGCCUCCUCGCUUCUCCGCUCGCCACAGGUCAUCCACAGCGGCCACUUCAUGGUGUCGUCGCCUCACAGCGACUCGGUGCCCCGGCGCGGCGCCCAGGAAGGGCCCGUGGGGCCCGGAGAUUUCGGGCCGCGCAGCAUUGACCCCACGCUCACCCGCCUCUUCGAGUGCAUGAGCCUGGCCUACAGCGGGAAACUGGUGUCUCCCAAGUGGAAGAACUUCAAAGGCCUGAAGCUACUCUGCAGGGACAAGAUCCGUCUCAACAACGCAAUCUGGAGGGCCUGGUACAUCCAGUAUGUCCAGCGGAGGAAGAGCCCCGUCUGUGGCUUUGUGACCCCUCUGCAGGGGUCUGAAGCUGAUGAGCACCGGAAACCAGAGGCCGUGGUGCUGGAGGGAAAUUACUGGAAGCGGAGGAUCGAGGUGGUCAUGCGAGAGUAUCACAAGUGGCGAAUUUACUACAAGAAGCGGCUCCGCAAAUCCAGCAGGGAAGGGGACUUCUUGGCCCCUAAGCAGAGGUUGGGUGAUGGGGGGCCAGACAGUAGGGUGACCCCUGUCCCGCUGGCUUGCUGGUUGGUGCCAUCUCCCCAGGCGGAGGGGGGGUGGAGGCCACCAGAACGAUGGUGCGAGCAGCUCUUCUCCAGUGUGGUGCCAGUGCUGCUGGGGGGGCCCGAAGAAGAGCCAGGGGGCCGGCAGCUCCUCGACCUGGACUGCUUCCUGUCCGACAUCUCCGACACACUGUUCACCAUGACUCAGCCCAGUCCUGCCCCACUUCAGCUGCCCCCUGAUGAUGCCUACAUUGGCAAUGCUGACAUGAUCCAACCAGACCUGACCCCCCUGCAGCCCAGCCUGGACGACUUCAUGGAUAUUUCAGAGUUCUUCACCAACUACCGGCCCCCAUCAACACCCGUGAGCUUCCCAGAGCCCCCCAGUUUUAGCCCAAUGGCCGACCCUCUGUUUAGCGGCGGGUUCCUGGCACCAGAAUCCCAGGCUGCCCCCCCGGGGGUGCCCCUCCUCCUGGGCAGCCGAGUGCCGGCUCGGAGCAGCUGCUCGGCACCCCUGGACUCCCCUGCUUUCCUGAGCCCCGACUUCCUCCUGCCAGAAGACCCCAAGCCCAAACCCCCCCAGGCCCUCCUGCAUUUCCCAGCUCCCCCCAAGGCGCCGGGCCUGGAGCCUUGCCCCACCCCCCCCUUCUCCCUGGCCCCUUCCCCGCUCCUGAUGCCAGAGGACUGCCUGUACCCCCCCAGGUUUCCCUUCCCCAGCGCAGUCCCCUCUCCAGCAGUCGCCCCCCUCCCCACCCCUACCCCCCCUCCCUUCCCAACCCCCCACUCCAGCACCGCCCCCGCCCCCUUCCCCCUGGAGCUCCUCCCUUCGGGAUACUCGGACCCGGGCUGCGGGCCCCAAUUCGCUGUGCCCCGGCCCCUGCCCAAAGGCAAGCCGCCGGCGCCUCGGGGGCGCAGGCCCAGCCCGGCAGCCUCGGCUGGAGGGUCCAACCCCUGCCUCACGCAGCUGCUCACAGCCCCCAAACCGGAGCACACGCUGGAAGCCCCGCCCUCGAGCGCCACUCUCGGGCCUUCGGGAUCCCCGAAGCCGGGCCCCCGCGACUUCCCCGGCGCCUUCUUCUCCCCGCCGGCUCAGCCCGCCUUGACCCCGGCCACGCUGGUCCCCAAAGCGGAGCGGCUGUCCCCGCCAGCAGCCGGGCAUGAGCGCCGCCUGUCUGGGGAGCUGCCCCCCCUGCCCGGGCCGAUGGGGCUCGGCUCCCGGAUCUCGCCCCCGCAGCCCACGUUGGGCCGAGGACGCCCAGACAAGACCGAGAACCGCCGCAUCACCCACAUCUCAGCGGAGCAGAAGCGCCGCUUCAACAUCAAGCUGGGCUUCGACACUCUGCACGGGCUGGUGAGCACGCUCAGUGCCCAGCCCAGCCUCAAGGUGAGCAAGGCCACGACUCUGCAGAAGACGGCCGAGUACAUCGCGAUGCUGCAGCAGGAGCGGGCCGCCAUGCAGGAAGAGGCCCAGCACCUGCGGGACCAGAUCGAGGAGCUCAACGCGGCCAUCAACCUGUGCCAGCAGCAGCUGCCUGCCACAGGGGUGCCCAUCACCCACCAGCGCUUCGACCAGAUGCGGGACAUGUUCGAGGACUACGUGCGGACUCGAACCCUGCACAACUGGAAAUUCUGGGUGUUCAGCCUACUGAUCCGGCCUCUGUUUGAGUCCUUCAACGGGAUGGUGUCCACAGCGAGUCUCCACAGCUUGCGGCAGACGUCGCUGGCCUGGCUGGACCAGUACUGCUCCCUGCCUGCCCUGCGCCCUACCAUCCUGAGCUCCCUCCGCCAGCUGAGCACCUCGACCUGCAUCCUGACAGACCCUGCCCGUGUGCCCGAGCAGGCUACUCGCGCUGUCACCGAGGGCAAGCUCCAGCACCCCUCCUAGGGCUAGAGGCCAGCCUCACCUGGGGAGUCCCCACCCCGUGUCCCUCACCUGGCGUCAGACCCAGAAUCCACCAGCCUUGACGGGGGAAGCAGACUCCGGGGAGAAGGAGGACUUCGGGGGUCAGGAAUUGUCCGGCCUCACGCCCUGCUUCCCUCCACCAGAAGUCUCUUCUCCGGGAUCCCCUCCCAUCAAGAUGGCAUCCCUCUGCCCACCCCUCACGGGGAGGGAUCUGGUAUCCCGAGCCUUUCGUGCCCCCAGCCGCCGAGGGGUCCUUGAGGAGCCCCGACCACAGCAGACUACAACUUCUGUCUCCACCUCCCCACCACAAGGAGGUCCAGCGGAGGGGGGAUGCCCAGAAGCCAGUGGCUACUCUCCUAUUUUGCCUCUUGUGCCCCGGACGUCGAGAGAGGCACCCUGGGCUCCAUCACAGUUCUGUUAAGAAUUUUCUCUGUGGACAAGCCUCUUGCUCUCUACGAGCCUCCGUUUCUUCUGCUGUAAAAUACAGGGGCGCCCAGAUGAUAUCCACGGUGCUCUCUUUUCGAGGCUGGGAGCCAAGGAGUUUUGGAGAAGCGAGGAUCAGGAAGAAGGGCAUGGUCUGGGGGGGGGUCCCCAGGGCUCCACGGUGGAUGAAGAUCCUUUGAUGCUCCUGGGGCCUCCUCCCCUCUCUUCCUACUCCAGGCAGGCCUCCCAGUCCUAGGAUAGACAAGGAUUGCCUUUUUGACUGGUUGCCUCCCCUCUGGUUCUUCCCAUUUAAAGUGACAUCUCCGGGUCCAGGUGGGAGCCCCCCAGCUGAUGUCUCAGGAACCGCUCCUCCCCCCCAUUUUGUGUCCUGGCAUUCACCAUCAUCAGUGGCCAGAAGCCGAAGGGAUUGGGCCAGGGAGAUAAAAUUGGGAAAGCUUGGCCCAAGCGGGGGUCCCUGUUCCCCAGAGGAGCGGCAGGUCGAACAGGCAUCUUUCUGGUGGGUGUGGACUUUCUGAAGAAUUCAUGUCCAAUAAAAAAGAGAGACUCUGCCCAGA